GCGAUAUAUCAGUAUCAGUUUUCUGGACUGAUGUGGUGUACAGUGGAGGGAUGGCUUCCGCUGUCGUCAUUCCCGAGGUGUGCCUGUCAUUAUCGCAGAAGACAGGGAAGGUACUGUUACUGUGUUUGGUUCCACUUUUGCGAGUUUUGUGGGUCGGAAGGGCUCGCCCCUUCCUACUGGUAGGCAAGGCGGGCAGAGAUUGGAGGAGGCAGAGACAGAUCCCGCCACUUCCUAUUUAGCUUAGCUCAACUGGCAGUCUACGGAUCCGUGAGAGAACCUCAGUGGGUCAAAGGUGUGGAUCACGCGUGAGAGUUCACCGAAGCGGGCGAUUACGGAGGGGAAGAGGGAGGGAAGGAGGGAGGGAAGGCCAACAGGAGAGGAGGAGGAGGAGGUGAGCUAGCCAGGCAGGCAGCUAGCCAGCUACCGGUAGCCAGCCCAGCCAGGGAGCUAGCGAGUGAGUGCCGGUGGGUUUUUUCGAUCAGGCAGGCGACACAGUGGGGGGGGAGGGGACGAGAGAGGUCGUGGAGCGAGGGAGGCGCAGAGAGGAAUCUGGCGAGGGAGAGAGCAAAAUGUCGAACAGGUCGUCUCAAUCGAAUUGUAUAAUGAUAGAGGACCUGCGGCCAUCACCAACCAAUAAUGUCAAUACUGUUUUCAUCGUUCUCGAAAAAGAUGACGCUCGGAAGGUCAGCGAAGGCGCGCCCAAGCUCUGUACGGCUCUGGUCGCCGAUUCUACUGCGGCCGUUCACUUGCAGUUGUGGGGGAGCGAGAUAGAUGCGUUUAAGCCCGGGGAUAUCGUGCGACUUACCAAUGGGAUCUUCUCUUUCCACAAGACGAACUUGGUGCUGCGCGCGGGGAAAAAGGGGCAUCUUGAAAAGAUUGGAGAGUUUUGCAUGUUGUUCACAGAGCAUCCCAACAUGAGCAGACUUCAAUGGAUACAAGACCCUAAUUCCAGGCAAAUGAUCCCUCAGAUGGGGCGCAGAGUCUGAGAUUAUGAUGAGAAAGCAUAUUGCAUCAAGUGCAUUGGGAAGGGACAUCCCCAACCAACCACAUCCCAUGAAGAUUGUGAUGAGGCCGCUGCUACUUCUCGUUGAUUUGGUAAUCAUUACAGACAAUUUCCUCCAAUUUGUCCAAAGGCUGGGCCUUGAAUCCACUCCAGUUUCGAUGACGUUGCGACCCAGAAAGGCGGAGUUUUCACCCAUCCUUGGGAGCCGAACGGGGGCGCCGAUCUAUGUGGCAGCCACAUCCAGGAGGAUAACAAUGGUGCUGCCUCAUAGAAGGCAGGCGAAGCAGGAUCAGCUCUGCGGUCCUAUUGCUACAAGGAAGGAAAUUGAUUGGGGAGUAGUCGUUAUUUUCCCGCUCACGAGGACUGCCAGUGACCAUCACCUGCUGAACCAGAAGAGCACUCACAUGCUUGCCUUAUGUGGAGGGUAAAGGCGCGGAGCUCAGCUACGUUCGGAUGAUACACACACACACACACACAUGCAGCUGCAAUAAGUAGUGAGAUCAGACAGAUAGACCCGGCCAGCGUAUGGAGAAAAGUUCAGAUGGGAGUGAAAGAGGGUGUGUCCUGACUGAUGGUCUUCAUUGCACAAGCGCUACACAGGUGUCAAGCUGCAAAAGUUGGGUGGCAGGGAGGCAGGCAGAGCAGGUGCAGUUCUGAGCCACUGGUGAUGGGUGUGCGGAAUAACCAAGGUGGGUGUUUUAUCAUGAUGUUCUCAUCAGUCAGUUGCUUCCAGAAGCAUGGAGAACUCCUGAUAUCCCACCGUAUUUGUGUAUUUGCUGAAGUGCCUCAAUGUAAUUGUGUGUGUGUGUGUGUGUGUGUGUGUGGCCGUCAGACAUCCUUGUUUGUGGGAGGGAGAAAGAGAAGGCGGUGUUGUUUUGUAAGGAGAGGCGUAGGGGCUCCACAUGCCAUCUAAAGUUGAUCUUUCGCAUCAGCAGGCUUCUGGGAGAUGUCGUAUUUUGCUUCUGGCGGACAUGGGCCACUGGCGUUCGUCUCCAUUUUGCUGGACGGAUGGAUUCAUCUCAUCUCCAAUCUCUCUCUUGGCUCACUGGGAGAGGCUUUGCUUAUGUGACCUGUGUCUACUUGCCAACUUUUGCGAAUGAAUGUAGACAAUCGUAUGGUCGGAUACUUCAGGUAAGUCCCAUUGUGAGUACACAGAAUCUUCAAGUAAAUCCGCUAGAUAGAAUCAGCAAGCAAGGAUCCUUUUUAAGUUCCUCUCCCCCCCCCCCCCCCCCCCAACCCCACCCCUACCCAAAACCCGAGUAGUCCCGUUGUUAGGUAUUCUCACUGGGUAGAAUGAUAAACAAGGAUCCUUUUUUUUUUUUUUUCCUUCUUCUUUCGUGAAUCUCGCGAAAUAAAUAGUGAAUCCGUCG